UAUCUCAAUAAUUAUAUUUCAUACCCAGUUGCAAGGCUAUAAAAAGAUGAUCUCAUUACACUUCGUUCAUCACAGUUUCCAGAGACAAUACCGGAGGUGAAGUAUAUUCGGGACGAUCUUCAAGUUAGAUUUUUAUUUCGACAAGCAGAGAUCUCUAGAGGACAAAAAUGAAAGAGAGUUUUGUGGCCCUCAUGUUGGCUUGCAUUGUGGGUUCUUGCCUGGCAGAGCUUACCGACAAACGAGCAAUGACCCUGCUUAACCGUUAUGGUUUCUCGGACGGGGAACCAAGCACUGACAGCGACAUUAAACGAGCAAUUGAGGACUUUCAAGAUUUCCAUAGCCUUGAACAGACAGGUGAACUUGAUAAGGAGACCAAGGCCUUGCUACACAUGCCUCGCUGCGGUCUGCCGGACGUGCAGGACGAUGGGAACGGAAGAAGGACGAAGCGUUUUGUGACUACGCCAUACAAGUGGGACAAGUUUCAUUUGACAUGGGGAAUCUUAAACUACACAACCGAUCUUCAGCUACAAGUAUUCAAUGCAGCAUUACAGUUUUGGAGCGAUGAUUCGGCCCUUACCUUUGAAUACACGGCAGACCCGACUAGUGUAGACAUUGUCAUUAGCUUCGUCUCUGGUGACCAUGGAGAUGGCUACCCUUUCGAUGGGACUGAUUUAGCGCAUGCAUUCUUGCCUGUGGACGUUUCAGAUCCCAUCUCAGGCGAUGUUCACUUAAACGACGCAAUAAAUUUGGGUUAG